AUGGCCCGCGACGAGCACUUCUUCUCCUGGCCGCCCUCGCCCGAACUGGUCUGCACGGCUUUCCCCUACGUGCGCGCCAUGUACAGAAACCUGUGGCGCGAGUUUAUCCGCCCCUAUGAGAACAAGCUCGACAGGAGGAUAGCCGGGCUGCCGGAGCCGGAGCCGCGGCAGGAUCAGGGGCAGCGGGGCCAUGGGCACCAACAUGACGACCAUCAUGAUCACGAUCACGACGACGAGGGCGGCAUCGCGGGCAUGCUUGACGCGGCGAUCAACCUGCUCGACAUCCCCGAGGUCGAUGUUGAACUUCAGGUCGAAGAGCAGAUUGUCCACGUCGGCGAGGACGACCCUCGGCUGGGCCAAGAGGGGUUCCGGGUCGAGAUUCACGAGGACGUCGAGUUUGAGGUACCGGCCGACGGUGAGCAGAUUCCGGACCUCAACGCUAUACGGGAACAACGACACGACGAACACGAGGCCGCGCCUGCACCGAGGGUCGCGGGCGCAGCAGCAGCAGCAGCAGCGCCUCCGCCACUGAACGAUCAGCGACAGUGGAACUUACACGCCAGUCUUCGUGAUGUGGCCAACGCCCUUGCCAGCGCGCUUCUCCUGCCGGCCAUCUCGUCGGGGGCCGGCGAGCUCCUCCAGCUUCUGUUGCCGAAGCACCUGACGACGCUGAGCGGCAAGCCUUUUGGGCGUCCUGGGCUGCUGCAGCAGACGUGGGGCAGGAGCUUGGUGGGUGGGUGCAUGUAUCUGGUGCUGCGGGAUGCUUUCAAGCUGUACACAAAGUACAGGAGGGCGGUCAACAGGCCGCUCCGCAAGGUACGAAAUGUAGACAGGAAGAGGCCGGGAUCGUUGUGA